AGGCAAAAGGUGGUCUUCGGUGUACUUAUUUCUGAUAAAGUUUAGUGUUUUGGCCUCGAUUUUUGUUUAAUUUAUCUGUAUGUAACCCGUUGCAGCAACCCCAAAGGGUAAACGGUUUUCCCGGUCCAAAAGUUGUGCUCAUAUGUAGUGACCGGAUCGAUUAAGUUUUCCACAUUUCCGCUAAACAGUGCCCGAACGAUUCAAGGCCCGGCAGAACAACACCAAAUACCGCCAGCGCCAGUAGACAAAACGUGCUCGAGUGGAAUAAAACGGUGUGUAGAGCGGUCGACGAGCCACUACUAAAUACCGCGAACAAAGCUGUCUCAACAACACAUUUCUCUUGCCGCGUGUCCUUAAGAAAGUAACCGACCUUACCGGAAGCACGUGUAAAUAGCCGAACCGAGUUUCGUGUGCCUUCGUGCUGUCGGUUGGUUGGUGUUGGUGGUUUGUUUUCACUUUUCGUACGACCGCGCCGCCGCUGUGCGUGCGUGUCAACCUUUCGCUGCUGUGGCGUGUAACGGAAGUGGUAGUAGCUCUUCGGAUCGCGAGCGUGAGACAGAGACGCCUUUGCCAGGCCCCAGAAGGCUUCCCGCGAAUACACCUCGACGACAACGGCUCGAUAACAAACGCUAGCUGGUGGCUGAUAAACGCGUGUGUCCGUUUUGUUUCCUUCGGCAGCAGUGCGCGCAAUGAAUCUGAUUACGCGUCUCAGUGUAUGUGUGCAUGUUCGUGUGUCCGACUGUUGACAAGAUCUCAUCAUUGGGAACGGGCGCAAGUCGCCGCGAGUCGUGCACAGAGUGAUAAGUGAUAAACCACCCACUUCGCACCAUGCGCCACUCUGGUUUUGCGAUAACAUAUGGUAGCGAAAAAUCGGUCGUUUCGUGGCCGGGACGGUUGAAGUGCGUGAAGCAAGGGUGUGCUGGGCUAGUAUCGACGCCGCCAAGGUCAGCAAAACAUUGUGCAACUAGUUGUUUAGUAAAUUUCUAAUUUACCAUAAAACACACACACUCCCCCAUCCCCUUGUUCUCCUACCAAAAAAGGCUGCUUCAUCGAUAUUGGCGCAUUCUGGUCAGUCCCAUCGAAAGGGCCGCGUGUGCUGAUGUAGAAUCUAUGGUGCAUCACAAGUGCGCGUAAAAAGAUACCUCGAAGAUACCCAAUAGCAGCAGGCAACAAUAGGCAGCAACGUGUAGCGAAAGUGGAAAAACAAACGCCCAAACGCCACCCCUUCUCAACGAGGGGCCAACGAGUGUGUUAGUAGCAAGUAGAAGAAGCAACAACGGAAUUUGCGUGACCAACAACGCGAGUGCGUGUAUUUGUGCGUUCGAAGGUGUGUGCCAAUUUCCCUCAAAACCCCCCUGCUCCCCCUUUAAACGCCUCGAUUGUGUGCCUGGCUUAUAAUUGUGCUACGUGUGUGUGUGCGUUUUGCUUGUGUGUAUGCGCAGUCGAUGCAAAGUGCGGCGUUGUUGUGGCGUUUGCUAUGCGCGCAUGAUGGAGCAGCGUGAGCCUCCAAUCGGAAGUGGGCCAUACACCGUGGGGUGGAUGGAAACGGGUGCCGGCAUACUACUUUAAAUGCACAGGCCCGCAACAACAACGACGACGACGACAACGGCGGCGGCGGUGAAGGCGAAACGCGGGCUGCAAGUGCAUCGGUGGCAGCACCAGGCGUAGUAGACGGCUAGUGAUGGCUAGUGAUGGCUGCGAUGAGCGCAUCCGUAAUCAAAAGCACGACCUCCUGCACGCGGGCAAGCAACAAUAGUGGCGCGCGAAUAGUGAGCCGCCGGAGCACACACACAGCGGCAACUGUCUACGGUUCGCGUUUACUGUGAAAAACCCCCACACAACGAAUUGUGCGUGUUUGUUUUGUGCCUUUUCCUCCAUUUUCAUUUCGUUUUUUCGUCGUUGGUUGUUUUGGUGUCUCUCGCCCCACAAAAGCCGACGCGUGGAAUCGCUUCGAAAACGGGCAGCGACGCUAAAGUGUCAAAGUAGUGUGUGAUUUGAAUUGGAUAGAGGCCACCACGGGGUUGCCAGCGGAGACCGUAGUACACAAAAAUAGCAGCAGUAGCAGUAGAAGUGGAGCGUCCAAAUAGCGCUGCGCGGAAAGCGGACAACAUUGUAUCAGAUGACUCGCUAGACGGACAGGUCGCAUACCGUCGAUCCUUCUCGAUCAUGGAUCAUCAUGGACUGUAUGCGGAUAUCUCGAACAGUUUCCCGAACCCCGGUGGUCUGCCGAGUACGAGCGUGAAGUAUCAGCUUCACAAUCCACCGCAGAUCCCACCACAGCCACCGCCCACGCUAGGAGGUGGACCAGCACCAUCUACCCUGGGAGUGAGUGCCACACGCCACCAGUUCCCGUACCAUCACCAUCAUUCCCAGCAUCAUUCUCCGCAGCAAUCAACUGCGCCAUUGCAACCGCUUGGUGGCACUUCCGGAGGCUACGGUCAAGGGCAGGAUGCUAUCCACCAGCGGCAUGCUGCUCAACACCAUCAACAACAACAACAACAAGCGCAUUCCUUGCAGCAACCUUCCGAUCUCCAGACUCGCAGUCAGCAUCACUCUACACAGAGCCAUCGCACCGUGAAUGGUGGUGGUGAUAGUGGUGGUGGGCGAGGUAGUGUCGGAAGUGGCCUGUUCCCAGACGAGACAGUUACCUUGUUCGAAUCGACUACUAACAACAACAAUUCCAGCAACAGCAGCAGCAGUAGUAGUGGAAACAGCAGCGGUAGUAGCAUUGGAGGAGCCAGUAUCAGUGUCGGUGGCGGUACCAGUACGGCGGCUACGCUUGAUAUCAACCUCAACAACACCUCCAGCAAUCCCGGCGUGUACAGCUCAAGCGUGACGAACUCGAGUACGACGCGCAAGUACGAAACCAACACCGGUGACAGCAUCACCUACAACAUCAACAACAUCAACACCAACAUUGUCAACAACAUUAGCGGUGGACCGCAUCAUCAUCCAGCUGGCGGAGCACCGACCGUGGCCGCGAUUACGAAUGGUGGCACUACGAUCGACUUUCUUGGCGCCCUAGCGACACCACAGUACCAGGGUGGUAGUGCUGGUGCUGGUGGCGUUGGUACGACCGCUGGUACCGGUGCGGCACUCGGUGGUGGUGGUGCUGGCGCUGCUGGAUCGAGUAGUGUAGUAAGCGGUGUUCAGGCUGUCAGCAAUCCAACGAUCAUCAACAUUAGCAAUAACAAUCACAACAUUAUGGCCCCACCAUAUCCGUACCAUGGUCCCCCUUCGUCCUAUCAAACCGGCGCAAAGCCAUCGUCGGCUGGUGUGGUUGGUGGUAAGUAUGGUGCACCGGGCAGUGGGCCGCAAGGUGGGCCGGGAGCUGGAUGGAAUGAGUACACCAGCCACCAUCAUCAUGAGGCCAGCGUUAUCGGGAACUUUGAGGCAAAGAACCCGAACAAAUAUCAUCACACGGCGAGCCGGAUGGGUGCCAGUUACCGCUACGCAACGGAGUACGUCGCGGCUCAACAGAUGAAUCAAUCGUCACAUCACCAGCAGCACCAGAUGCAACAGCAACAGCAGCAGCAGCAGCAUCCAGCUCAACAGCAGCAACAGCCGAGUGCGCCACAUUACGGCACACACGCAGGAGGCUAUGGAUUGUAUCAUCCGGACGGUGUGCAAGCGACACCGUUGCACCAGCAGCAGACGCAGCAGGCCGCUACCGGAACGCUACAUCCGGGCUAUGAACCGUAUCCGCAUAUCGUGCGUAACAAGUACCCAUCGAGUGGUUCCCGAUCGACCACCAACUCCGAUCUCAUGUACAACGAACGAUCUCAACGCUACCAUGGUAGCUAUCCCUCCAAUGGAAGCGCAUACCUUGCGUCAGGAGCUCCAGGGACGAGCUCCGCUGUUGCUGCUGCCGCCGCUGGGAGUGCUGCAACUCCCUACUAUCCCCAGAUGAUCCCUGGUGCGAAGGCUAUGCAUCAGCCGGUCCCAGAGUAUUACGGCAAUACGUACGUCAAACAGCUCCACCAUGGACAUCACCCACCGAACCACACUCCGUACAUACCACCGAACCGUAUGGCGUAUGCGGCGGCUCCGGGCCAAUCGGCCAACAGCUACUCCCAUACGCAUCACCCACCUCACCCACCAGCCCAUGCUGCGCACAAGAGUGCCGCAGUGUUCGGUGGUGGAUACGGAUACACCACGAACGGUGCCAGUUCCUACGAUCCCGAUCCGUACCAUCAGCGAACGAUGGGACGGGUUCCGCUGCCCCAUCCGUACGGUACCAAUGAUCCGCUGCAUCAUGCCGCGCCCGGUGCCACCGCAGGAUACGCUAGUGGUCCACCUUCCGCCAACAGCUACCAUCACCAAGCGUCACAGAUGGGCAUGGGAGGCUACUCGAACCCGAAGCUAACGUUCAGCAAAAACAUAAACGACUUCUAUUCGCCUAAUAUGGCCUCGGCUAGUAUGGCCGCCACACAGCAGCACUACACCUCUGGCCAACCCACAGCGAUGCAACCGAAUCCCGUACACCACGGAGUGCACUAUGGCAUGAAGCACUAUACCUCGCAUCAAACGCAGCUUAUGCCACCGCAGAAGCACGCACCGUCAAGUGUGCCCACGUCGGGCAGUGGCGGAACGGUCAAACCUUCGUCGAGCUGCUUCUACGAUACACCGAACCCGGUGAUCGACGUUAAUCAUCCGCUGAUCGAUCUGGAGGAGCAGAUCAAUAGUGUGAAGAUUCUAAAGAACCCACCGAUCAUGCCGGGGUCCACCAGUGGUGGAUCGAUGUACGACUCGAACCAUCCACUCAACUACGACUGUCAGCAGAUGUACCUAAAGAAUCGGUAUCUGCACAGCAAACCGUCACCGACGGCGGGAACGGUGGCGAAUGUUACCGGAUACGGUUCACCCAGUCAGUCGGCGAUGGCGAGAGGGCUUUACCAUCCUCACCAGCAUUUGCAGCAUCUGCAUUCGGAAGCUGGCCCUUACGGUGCCUAUACAACGAUGGAGGAUCUUGGUUUGGGUUCUCGGAGCUUUGCGCUCGAUGAUAGCCUAAAGGAUAAGAGUCUCCGUGACUAUCUGACCAGCUGGAGUGAGAUGGAAGAGGACGAUGGAAGUGGCGCAAAAGGUCCGGCGAAGGAAGCGAACAAUAACGUGUCCUCGCACGAGAACUUUGAAUCGUGCAACUAUCCAGACGAUCCACAACCACCAGAAGUGACGCCUAUAUUGGACGAACACAUGAAUGAGUACGAGGUCAUCGAGGGUAGUACCGUACCGACCCCUCCGUUAGAAGCAGAGCACCACGAACCGUUGGAACCUGCAAAAGCUCAACCGGUAGCAGCUCACACGGGCGUGAUUGUGGCGAACGUUCAGAACACGGGUGGCACUGGAAAUCUGCCGGACAUCCUGGUGGACAUUGAAAAACCGGUCAAACCGGGAACCGAGGAGCAACCAACGGUCACCGAGAAGGACGGGGAGAAACUGUACAUCCUUGAGACGUACGAUGUGCCACAGUCGGAGCUGAACAAGUACAAACACCUGAGUAUCAUUAACGAGCUACCGAAGAACGUGGUACCGAUAAACGAUAGUGCCGAUUCGCUAAAGUUCCUUGAGGAGAUCGAAUCAAACCGUGAGAAGUACUACCAAACCGAACUCGAAUCGGAAGUGGUGUACGAAGAUCGGAAGGUCGAAGAGCGGAUUAAGGAAGAGGACAAGGAUAAUGAAGAAGAAGAUGCUGGAUCGCAUGCACAGUGCAACGAGCAAGAGUCUACGGUUAUAGUGGAACCAAAGCUCGAAGAAAAUGUGAAGAUAGAACCAAAGGUUGAGCCUGGUCAGAACGCCGAGCAUUGUGCGGAACAGGAAGAAUCGAAACCAGAAAAAGAUGUUGGAUUAGAGUGCGAGAUGCCGGAGAAAUCUCCGAUCAACGAUGAGUCGGAGAAUGCUGCUGUAGAUACCGAGCAACCAGUAGUGGAGCCGGAAGCGCAUGAAGCGCCCGAAGUAAGUUCUAGUGUUAAUGAACCUCGAGAAGUAGUCGCAGAGGAACAACAGGAGCACAAGGAGGAGGAUGCCUUCAAAGUUCCCAAGUGUUUCCCGAAAUAUCGAAAGCGACGCUUCUACGAUUACGAUAUGCCCCGAUUCCCGAAGAAAGCCCGUCGGUCAAGCAUCGAGGAGUUUAUCAAUUGUGAUAUGGCGAAAUUCAAAGUACAAACCGUCAGACGUAACCCGAAAAGCUUACAGAAUCUGCUGCUGGAUACACUUAACUCCAAGCCAUUCCGUCACUGGGCUAAGCAGGAACUGGCUCGGCGUCGAGAGGUCAAACAGCAAUGCGAACAACCGCAGCAACAAGAAAUGCACCAGCAGGAGCUGAGGCAAGAAGAGCUGCAACAGCAAGCAAUGCGGCAACAAGAGGUGCUGGAGCAAGCGGUACAGCUGCAAGAGCUGCAGCAACCGAGACCGCAGCCGAAUAAUCAGGAGCAGCAACAGCAGGAGCAGCGGCAAGAGGAGCUGCAGCAGCAUCACCAUGAUGUUACCGAGCAGCAGCAUCAGAGGCCACAGCACGCGCAGGAACAGCAAAAGCAAGAGCAACAAUUCUCGCCUAUCCCGGUUGCAAUGGAACUGGAGGAAGACCCUGCCGAUCAGCAAUUUGCCAUAGAACUAGUGUCUGCAUCGUCCACCGAGGUACCGAGUGUUCCUACACUCCGCGAGCUCUGUUACGAACGAAUUGUAACAUCGAAUCUGUUCCUACAGCCCGAUUCACUGAAAGAGCUCUGCGAGAAAGCCAUCUGUAUCAACAAGCACCUUUAUAUCAUCGAAGAGAUCAAAAAUGAACCGCCCAGACUGCAAGAUCUAUGCAAGUCGGUACUUAGUGAGACCAAUAUCUUCAUCGACGUGACUGAUAACGAUGCCGUGUGUAUCGUCGAGAGUGACGAGGGUUUGCAGUCAAUGGAUGCGGCCUCCUCUACCGAAUGUGUGAGCGGUGGUGGUCGAGUGUUUAUUGUGGAAGAGGAUCGUGGUUCGAUCGCGGAUCUCCUGCGUGACAGUGUACAACUUCAAGAGGAAGAUCUGCUAGUGGUGCGGCAGGGCUCGGAGGAAGAGUGUGAAGACCAUGAGAUCUUUCUCGCCAACCUGGGACCAGAAGAACCUUCGCCUACUAGCGCCAUCAGCAGUGAGCGACAGGUCAUGUCGGAUAGCGAGAACGAUAUCUAUCGGCGAGUCGAACAGGAGAUUGAGAAAAUGAUGCAUACGAGUUCGUCAGAGGAUGAGUGUGACGUGAUGGUACCGGAACCGGACCAAGCUGUUGCCGAGACUGAGCUGUUUGAGUUUGAUGGCGAUACCGAAUGCAUUCAGUACGAAGAGAUCAUUCCGGUGGAUGAAGAACGUUCCCUGAAACAGCACACGAUCCGAAUGCUGCGAGAGAAGCAUGCGCCAUAUAAUGCUGAUCGACGAAGGACCAGACAACGGCUGCUUCGUAAGUACGUUGUUCACCAACGAUAUAUCCAGCUGCAAUCGAAAGUGCUCCCAAGGGAAAGUAUCUCUCUACGGGAACUGAUGGAAAGGAAAAAGCUACUCGUUGCGCCUACGCUGGUAACGGAACCAAUCGAGCAGCAGAACGAGGAUAGUAAUUGCUCCACCAGCUCUAGUAGUAGCUCCUCUAGCAAUAGUAGCUCCUCGAGUAGCUCUUCGAGCAAUUCAUCGUCCUCGAGCUCUUCUUCUUCCUCCUCCUCGUCGUCGUCUUCGCAAUCGAGCAACAAAAGCUGUCCGCCUGAUAUGGAAGAGACAAUCGAGCUGAUCGAGAGUGCAUCGGAAGAGGAACAGUUUCGAGCCCCGUUGCCUCAUGUGGAAGAGACAAUUGAGGUUAUUGAGAGUGCAUCGGAAGAAGAACAGUUGCAAGCUGCGGACCCUGCAUGCCAGGAUGAACCGAUCGAGACAAACAACAACAAAGUUCAGAUCCUGCCAUCGCCGUCCCAUUGUGAAUCUCAUAUCGAGCUCCCCAGCACAGAGCCGACAAAAUGCGAGCCAGUGAGAAGCCUCAUUCACACUACCCUAGUAGAUAGCAGUUAUGGUUGUAGCACCAGCAGCAGCGCUAGCAAUAGUCCAAGCAGCAGGAGUAGCAGCAGCAGCAGCAGAAGCAGCCAGGGCAGUGUAAGCCCUUCCACUAGUUCAUUGAGUUCUUGCGUCGGGACCCCAACGGCUGGCGAUCGUCUUCGAUCAGUGAUUGUGUCCCCUCGUCUUGGUAACAGCAACAACCAGAAGAAAAAGAAGAAGCUAUCUUUUGAAGAGAGUUUGCUGAGCAUCGAUCAGAUGUACCGCAAACCAUCCAGUCCUAAUGCAACCGUCCGUGGAGCCGCCAUGUGCGCCAGCCUGACUCUCGGUGCCUCGGUUCGUCCCAAUGUGAUUGUCAACGUGAACAACAAGCGAGAAGUGGCGCGCAAGUUGAUAAUUCCUUCGUACAAGAUAUUCGAUAGCCAGCAAUCCACCAGCAGCAGCAAAAGCAGUAGCAGCAGCAGCAGCAGUGGCAGCAGCAGUGGAGUAGAGGAUACCACUGAGAUCGAGGUGCUGCAGUUGAAUGGACAGCGUAAGUCCAAAUCGAUCGCGAUUACAGCAUCUUCCGAUGCGCGGCAUCGUCUCGAGUCAAGGGGAAAAUCGUUGACACCUCCACGGCGCAGAACAUCGAUCGGCAGCGUGUCACCAACACUGUACAGUCGGUCCAAUUCCGAGCAAGAUCGGUCCUCGCAACGAUCCACACGGGGCUUGCGGGAGAAAUCACGCCAAGCCGCGCUCGUGCGUCGCCGUAGCUGUUGCUGUUCCCCACUCCGCUCAUCACCGUUGACAUCACCACGAGGAAAUGGUACAUCAGCAUCGCCGCCGGCAACGGCCAAAACAACCACGCUAUUGGAGCUUAUGGAGAGAACCGCGCGGUCGUCGGUCGUCCCCUACGUGCGCCUCGAACGAAACGAUUACGUGGAAAAGCUGGCGGAAAAUUAUCAUCGUCAGCAGCAGCAGCAGCAGCAACAGCGUAACCCAAGGCCGUCAUAGGUUCGUGCCGCUCGUUCAAGAGCAAUUACCGGGUUGGCCAGGGGGUUUGUUCCAGGCCACGGCGCUAGCGGUGCGCGCAUGGUUUGUCAUCUCCGCGAUCGUCUAACCCGGGUUUAUCCUUGUGAAUCAUCCAUUCCAAAACGCGGUUUUAGCAAACGUUUGUAGAUUUUUUAAGUUUUUUUACUCUAAGCAAAAACAGGUUUCCCUAAAGUUAGUUAGCCAACGUGAUCUCCUUAGGCGAUGGGUUAGGUUGUAGGCCACCAGAGUUAAGGAAGAUGAUAUAAUUUUAGUCCUUAAACUAUCACAGAGAGUUUCUUAACCACCAAAUAUGUUAAUAUUCGAGGAAACGUUUUAAAAUAUCGUAAAAGAUGAGAGAAUAGGGAAGAAAAGUAAAGUUUAAAAAUCUGUAUUUCUCUCGUUUCCGCUCCAAUUCGUAUAAAAUUUUCACAGCAUACCCAAAACAGGAACACAAUUCAGGGAAAAAUGUGAAAUGUACACCGCACCCCCUCCAUUGAAUUUUCCAGAAGUAUUUUCCGAUUUUUCAUUCGUUGUUCUCGGAAGCGACACUAGCGCCCUCUCGGGGGGAACAUACGCCAGAAACCGCAUAGAGAACGCUGGCGUCGCUUGCUGGCACAACAGGCGAAUCGUAGGUCAAAAACGUAUCUUGAAAAAACGUUGGAGGUGGAUGGCGUAAUUUCUAUUUUCCCGAAUUUCCCAUUUAAUUUCCCCAUUUUUCCCUGAAUUUUAGUCGUGUUUUGAGCAUGCUGUGAAAGUUUUACAUCAAUCGAAGUAGAAAUGACAAAGAUACUGAUUUUUAAUCUUCACUGACGGUUUUGUGAAUUUUGCUUUUCUUUCUUUUGGUUUUAAGAAACAACAAAGUACAACAGAAUUUAACAUAAAGCAACGGCACCGAUGCGGGGAAAGCAAAGCAGAGGAGCUUAGUAUCACUCAUCUAGUCAGGAAGCAACAUGUAGUUCGUUGAGGAGUGUUUAGAUGAGAAUGGAUAUUCAAUCUUUAGGAGUACUGGUUAAGGACACAGGCGUGCAAAGCGGUUCAAGGGAAUAGGGAAUUAAGGGGCUGAUUAGAAAAGUUAAGUAUUAUUUUUACCCACCAUAGUUGUAGGGUGCACACGUGUGACCGGUUAUAGCAGCAGACCGGAUAGCGGCACCGGGGGCUUACGAGUUUGAAAAAAUCACGAAUUGAUUUAAAAUUGGUUUUAUUACUUAUUCAGUACGAUACGGUAUGAUUUCUAUGUAGAUUUUAAAAGUUCUUGUGCAAAUAUUGGUUGAGCCAUGUGUGUUGACUGCAAAAACAGAUAGAUUUCAGUUAAAAUCGGUUAAAAUUAAACAGUGUUAAAAUUGAUUUAGCUAUUCGCGGCCACUAUAUGCUACAGGAACCGAAUGUAAAACUAUAACGUAAAUUAUUGAAAAAAAUAAAACAUGUCAGUGCCUUCAGGUGUUAAUGAAGACGAGAGUAUAUAGAGCAAAAGAUUGAAACGUACUACGAGCAGCUGCCGUAGUACGAAUAUGUCGAGCAGGAAAUCACUACAAAAACCCCAUACCAAAUACAGCAGAUAAUCACACGCGGACCGAUGGUGGUAGGUUACUUUAUGCGCUAGGAGCUUGUCAGUAGGAGCAGAAAAUUAGUGGUAGUUCUUAAUCACACACACAACACUGGACAGCAUAAAGCAUAUGGGCAAAAGGGUAGCACGCACCGUGUAAGAGGCAGGUAUUUUACAGCAUUUGAUAAAAGACAAUUUAAAUGUAAGCCCUCGCCGGGGGCAGGAGCAGCAGCAGCAACAGUAGCACACAUCACAGCACGACUGGCGUGGCGUUUGAGAGUGUUUUAGCGAAACAUUUACAUUUGGGAACAGAAAACGGAGUCUAUCUUUCUCAAUUCCCUAGCGCAUCAACUAAACCCCCCAGGUAGAGCAUAAUUGGGAGACUAUUAUCCUUUUAGGAUGUUAUAAUGCCGUAGUUCGUGAUGCGUGUUGUGGAAAAGCGAAACCGUUUGUGUUUUAUCGCGUUUAU